AUGCCAAAAAUAUCAUCAAUAAAAUAUUACGCUGUUGCUAAAGGAGAAAAAACAGAUCAACAAAAUAUUGAAGUUAAAGACAAGUUAAAUGUUUGGACAGAUAGGUACUAUAAAAGAAAUGGUUUAUCAGAUGCUAUUGGAGGUAUUGAAAUUUAUGCUGCGAUUAGAGCUCUUGAAAUUUGUGACAAAAAAGAAAAUUUAAUUAUAAAUACUGAUAGUUCAAAAAAACCAGAUAUUAAAUUAAUUCUACCAGAAUUGAACGAAAAUACAAAUUUUAGAAGACUAAUCAUGUUUCCUGAUAAUGAUGGAUAUAUAACAGAAUAUACUCAAAUCAAGUUGAGUAAUAAGCAAAAUGCUUUUCUUAACAAGAAGCAUUGGGAAUUUUUGAAACAACAUAAAUUUGUUCUUGAUAAGACUAAUAAUAUUAUUAAAGAAAUUAGCAAAGAAUAUUUACUUGAAUUACUUUAUCUGGAA